AUGGCUUGGGAUCAUCUAAACAUAAAUAAGCCACAUCUGGCGUACAUAAUUCUCGGUGGUUUUACCAGUAUUUUCAUGCUUGUAUCCUUGUUUAUUAAGGAGAAGCUGUAUAUUGGCGAAGCUACUGUGGCGACGAUAUGUGGUAUUAUAUUCGGACCAUACGGUGCAGGGUUGUUGGAUCCUAGUACAUGGGGAAAUGUUGAUCAAAUCACGCUCGAGGCCUCGCGGAUCGUCUUAGUUGUCCAGUGUUUUGCAGUAGGCGUAGAAUUGCCUAAGAAAUAUAUGGAACGCCAUUGGAAGUCCGUUUUGGUACUUCUGAUCCCCGUUAUGACUUGGGGGUGGCUUGUCACGUCACUCUUCAUCUGGUGGAUGAUUGAGCCGUUGACCUGGCUCGAGUCCCUUGCAUGUGCCGCCUGCGUCACCGCUACCGAUCCUGUUCUUGCGUCCUCUGUCGUUGGUAAGGGGAAGUUUGCAAGGCGUAUCCCGAAGCAUUUGAGGGACGUACUGUCUGCCGAAUCUGGGUGUAACGAUGGGAUGGCAUUCCCGUUCAUCUACCUUGCACUGUACUUGAUCCACUACCGCCCGGAUGCAACUUCUGUUUUCCAGCAUUGGUUCUGUCUGACAGUCUUAUAUGAAUGCUUGUUCGGAUCUAUCUACGGCGUCUGCAUUGGGUAUGCAGGUCGCCAAGCCAUCAAAUGGGCCGAAAGGAAGAAUUUGAUUGAUCGAGAAUCUUUCCUCGUGUUCUACUUCGUCCUCGCACUCUGGUGCGCUGGUACAGGUAGUAUGUUGGGGCUUGACGAUCUUUUGGUUGGAUUCUGUGCCGGUGUUGCAUUUUCAAACGAUGGCUGGUUCGCGCAGAAGACCGAGGAAUCCCACGUUUCUAACGUUAUCGAUCUGCUACUCAAUUUGGCGUACUUUGUGUACUUCGGCUCAAUUAUCCCGUGGUCGUCUUAUAACCGUCCCGAUUGGGGUAUCACACCCUGGCGAUUGGUCGUUAUAGCGUUACUGGUUAUUCUCUUCCGGCGAAUUCCGAUUAUGGUUGCAAUGAAGCCUCUCAUACCCGAUAUCAAAACUUGGCGAGAAGCGCUAUUUGCUGGCCACUUUGGACCUAUUGGUGUAGGUGCCAUUUUCGUUGCUAUUUUGGCUAGGGCCGAAUUGGAGACUGGAGAUACCACGCCACUUGCAGUAUUACCGCAGCCUGGGAGCCAUAACUAUAUGAUUAUCGAGUUGAUAUGGCCUAUAACAACAUUUUUGGUCAUAUCUUCAAUCGUGGUUCACGGAUCCUCCAUUGCAGUCUUCACCUUGGGUAAACGUAUCAAUACAAUGAAGAUCACCAUGUCUUACACUACCGCGAAUGAGGAGCCUAGCUGGCUUGCGAGAAUGCCAAGAAUAACCCCAAAGACCUCUAUGAGUAUCAGAAGACCCGACGCAGAUGAGAUGAAUGAAAAGUCGGAAAAUGGCGGAAUGUUCCCCCCUGGAACUCUCCCACCUCCUGGUGGUAUUUCUGGCGGCGGCGGCGGGUUUUUGUUGUCAAAGGAACUUCUCGACAGCCCUGCUGCCAGCCGACCAGCUUCGAGACCAGCAAGUAUCAAGGCUAAGCGUAGAAAGAAUUGGGAGUCUGGGAUGGGACCUGGUGGGCCGAUCUCUGAAUCCGCAAUUCGGCCUAGGGGGAGAAGACACGAGGACAUCAUAGUUGCAGUUCCAGAACAAGCAGCAGAUAGAGGAAGACAGUAUGGAUAUGAACUUGCAUCACCAACAUCUCCGUUAUCACAAACACCAACAUCGCCCACAGAUGGCCAGAGUAAUCUGAACGCUUUCCAAGAAGGACACGAUAUUAUUAUUGAGAACAAGCAAGGUGAUGUCGUGGGACAAGGAAGGUCUCCAGAACGUGAACAUGAAGGCGUCGACCCUCUCGACACUAGCCAUCUUCAGGCCGCCGGAAAAAAACUUGUACAUCCCAACGAGGCUAAAAAAGAGAAACGACGGGAGGAUACCGAGAAAACACAGUCAUCUCUACCACUGACAAUGGCAGUCACCGAUGAAAGAUCUGCGCUACAUGCAGCUCGUGCCGAAAGCAGCAGUAACGGACGAACUAGAAAGCCCGCUUGGGCUUAUAGAUUUGACGACAAUAUUAUCGUCGAGGAUGAAGACGGUGAAGUAAUCAGGAGAUACAAAAUUCCAAAGGACAAACCGACUGGAACUCAGAAGAAGAAAACCUUAUCAGAUUGGGCAACAAUGUUUGCGAAGAAAAAAUCCAAAGCUGGCCCUUCAUCCGCUGCUGAGGAAGAAGAAGUUGACGACGACUCUGAUGCUAAGACUGUGUACUCGCAGUCUCGUGGGAGUCACGGUAUACACUUCCGUAUGCAUGACGAGAGCGGAAGGAAGAUGAGCAAACAAGACUUCCUUCACCAACUACAGAAGAUGGAUCCUCAUGCCCGUGCUGCCAUGGUCAGCAGGAGUGAUUUAACAGGCAACCAAGAGGAACAACUUGUGAAAGCCUUAAGAAGCAACGCUACCGGAGGCCAACAGGAGCUUCAACAAAUCCCAUCAUCCCAAGGAUUGAUGUCACGAGAGGAUCCUUCGGGUUCUUCCACUGCGACCGUCACUUCUAACUCGGGAUUCAAGGCUGGCGUCCCCGAUGCUAAUGCCGAGAAGCUCGGUGAUGAGAGAGAUGAGGAAACAGCUGCCGAGAGGAAGCGCCGAGAAGCCGCUCUUGGAAUCACUGCUGAAGACGAAUCUGAUAGUGAUGAUGAUGGUAAAUUCCGUGGAACCCCUACAAGCCCAACAAAGAGCCCGGGAAUCAGAUUCGCAGAUCAACCUGCUGCCGCUGCCGCUGCCGAUUCAAUAGGGCAAGGAACUGCCGGGCUAACACCGCGCGGAUCUACCCUUAGUUGGGGCAAGGAUGUUGUAAUGGGAAAGGGGAAGGGGAAGGAGUGA